AUGAUGAAAGAUUGCAUUGACUAUUCCAAGGGGUGUGAGUCUUGUCAAAGACACGGCCCAAUCCAGCAGGCUCCUUCAGUUCCCAUGAAUCCAGUGGUAAAGCCAUGGCCCUUUAGAGGAUGGGCAAUGGACCUCAUUGGCAAGAUCUAUCCAGCCAGCAGCCAGCAGCACUGUUUUAUCAUUGUUGCCACAGACUAUUUCACUAAGUGGAGAAAUGUUGGAUAUGGCAGAGCAUUCAAUUUCAGGCUACUUCAAUCCACUCCUUAUUAUGCUCAGGCUAACGGGCAGGCAGAAUCAAGCAACAAGUUAAUCAUCAACAUUAUCAGAAAAAUGCUUGAGAAGAAUCCAAAGCAAUGGCAUGAGAAGUUGUCAGAAACUCUGUGGGCAUAUAGAACUUCAAAAGAGAAGCAACUGGCAUGA